UUGCCAAACCAACCCAUAAGGCAAUAAUGUAAUCAUAAAUAUCAUAUCUCUGUAUGUUCUAAACCCAACACAUUUGUAAUUCAUAUCACUAAUUUGCUCAGAAAUUAAUGGGUUCUUUUGGAAACACCAAGCCUCAUGCAGUAUGCAUUCCUUAUCCUGCACAAGGUCAUGUUAACCCUCUUAUGCAACUAGCCAAGCUUUUACACUCAACGGGGUUUCACAUAACCUUUGUCAACACUGAAUUUAACCAUACUCGACUAAUCCGCUCGAAAGGACCCGAUUCCGUCAAGGGUCUGCCUGAUUUUCGAUUCGAGACUAUACCCGAUGGGUUGCCGCCACCGUCCGACACUUUUGAUGCAACACAAGAUGUUCCAUCAUUGUGUGAUUCGACAAGAAACACUUGUUUGGAACCAUUUAAAGAACUACUCAGGAAGUUAAACUCGGAAUCGUCAUCGGAAGUGCCUCCGGUUAGCUGCGUAAUCUCCGACGGGGUCAUGAGCUUCGGCAUAAAAGCUGCCGAGGAGUUGAACAUUCCACGGGUUACGUUUUGGACUGCCUCAGCUUGCAGCUACAUGGCGUAUUUGCACUACUGUGAACUGGAAAGAAGAGGAAUCAUGCCAUAUAAAGUUAAAGAUUUUCUGAAUAAUGGCAUAAGUGAAACCCUGAUUGAUUGGAUUCCUGGCAUGACCAACAUUCGACUGAAGGAUAUGCCAACAUUCAUCAACACUUCAAACGAUGAAAUAAUGUAUGAUUUCAUGGGAUCAGAAGCCUGCAACGACUUGAACUCUUCUGCAAUUAUCUUCAACACAUUCGAUGAGUUUGAACAUGAAGUCUUAAAAGCAAUAAUGGCUAACAAGUUCCCUCGCAAAAUUUACACAAUAGGGCCUCUAAACGUGCUCGCGGCACACAUGCCAGAAAAUGAAUCCAAAUCAUUUGCAUCAAGUUUAUGGAAAGAAGACUCGAACUGUCUCGAAUGGCUCAAUAAACAAGAAUCUAACUCUGUCGUAUACGUAAACUACGGGAGCGUAACGACAAUGUCUGAGAAACACUUGAAAGAAUUUGCAUGGGGUCUUGCGAACAGCAAACACCCAUUUUUAUGGAUAAUCAGGAACGAUAUAGUAAAUGGGGAUUCUGCAAUUUUGCCCCAAGAAUUUCUCGACGAGAUAAAGGACCGCGGUUUGCUAGCGAGUUGGUGUCAGCAAGAUCAAGUGCUAGCUCAUCCAUCAGUUGCUGUUUUCUUGACACACUGUGGAUGGAAUUCGACUAUGGAAGCUGUGAGUCAUGGUGUGCCCUUAAUUUGCUGGCCUUUUUUUGCCGAUCAACAGACCAACUGCCGAUAUGCUUGCACUGAGUGGGGAAAUGGUGUGGAGGUGAAUAAUGAUGUGAAGAGAGAUGAGAUUGAAGGUCUUGUCAAGGAGAUGAUGGAAGGAGGUGGUGGAAAGAAAAAGAAGAUGAAGGCAUUAGAGUGGAAAAAAAAAGCAGAAGAAGCUACAAAUAAUGGAGGAUCAUCUUAUAUUAAGUUCAAUAACUUCAUCAAAGAGGCUCUCCAUUCUGAUUUGCAAUUAAUGGAAUAUGGAAAAUAAUUAUAUGAUACAUUAAAACUUAAAUAUCUUUGUAUAAGGUAAAACGUUCUUUUUUUGUUUUGAAUCUAAAUAAAAUAUUCUUA